UCCCACUGUUUUCACAAGUCGGCUGCUCUUCCAACAAACAUUGGUAAGUGGUAACAACCAUUUAUUUCUGAUAUAAAAGCAGCAACCAAAGGGUAGACCACUUUCAUAAAUAUCUCCAAGGAGAGAUUCGUUUCUUCAGUAGCAGUAUAGUUGGCUUUUGAGAAUGGAGAAUCAAGCAAAGAAAGUGCUGCUCACUUCAAAUGGAGAUGAGAUUUCAAUGAACAUUGCUUUGCAUUUAGCCAAACGUGGUUGCAGGUUGGUUUUGAUGGGGAAUGAAUGCUGUCUGAGGAGUGUCAAAGACAACAUAAUGGAUUCAACAAAUAGUGCGGUCCCAGUCGAGGUGGUUGGAUUGGAUAUGGAAGAUGAAAGAGAGGGAGCUUUUGAUGAGGCAGUAGAUAAAGCGUGGAAAGUGUUGGGAAGUUUGGAUGCUCUUGUGCAUUGUUAUGCUUAUGAAGGAAAGAUGCAAGACCAACUGCAAUUAGCUGAAGAAGAGUUCAGAAAAAUAGUAAAAAUAAAUUUUAUGGCUGCAUGGUUUCUGCUAAAAGCUGUUGGCAGGAGAAUGCAGGAUUAUAAAAUAGGUGGUUCCAUUGUAUUCUUGACUACAAUACUUGGUGCUGAAAGGGGACUUUAUCAAGGAGCUGCUGCAUAUGGUUCAUGUUUGGCAGGAGUGCAGCAGUUAGCUAGAGUAUCAGCUUUGGAGAUUGGAAAGUACAAGAUCAGGGUUAAUGCAAUUGCUCGUGGCUUACACUUACAAGAUGAAUUUCCCAUGUCAGUAGGAAAGGACAGGGCGGAGAAGUUGGUCAAAGAAGUAAUGCCACUGCACAGAUGGCUGGAUGUUAAAAAUGAUCUGGCUUCAACUGUCAUUUAUUUAAUCAGUGAUGGUUCCCGCUAUAUGACUGGAACAACUAUAUUUGUUGAUGGGGCACAGUCUCUGGUUAGGCCUCGUAUGCGAUCAUAUAUGUAGUUCCUUUUUCUACUAUGCAGUCAUCCUUUCUAGUAUGCUGAUGCAGAAACAUGCAUCAAACCUCUAGGCCUGGGAAUGAUAUAUUAUUUGUUUCUUUCAAUCCUAAUAAAUGAGGUUUUGCUCUGUAUGAUUCAUUGCAGAGAUCUUAAACCUAUUCAAUUCA